CACUUUUUUCCAUUUGCUGUGUUCUAUUUUUGGGGUGGUUCUUCAGGAAAGCACAUAGCAAACGCAGUUGUCAAUUAGUUAAUAGCAAUAGAGAAAGAUAGAUAAGGGAGAAAAUCCAUACCCUAUUAAGGGAAAUGGAAACAUGGCCAACACCAAGAUGAAAACGCCAUCUGCUUCCAAUCCCAAUCCUCUUCUCCUCCUCUUGUCCUUUUAAACCAGCACGCACAAACACACAGAGACCACCUCAUUAUCUCCAUCACCAGAGCCCCCAUUUUCCAGUUCAUGCUAGAAACCCAAUUCAGAUACAGAGGUUGUGAAUUAGACAAGGAAGAAUCAUAAAAAAAAAAAAUGGUGACCGGGUGGAGAAGAGCCUUCUGCACAUCAAUCCCAAAAGAAAAACAGACCGAAGUUUUACAAUGCGAAAACACCAACACCACCAAUAAUCAAAGCCCCAAAAUCGCCUCCAAAUUCGGCUUCUUCUCGUCUUCCUCCUCCUCCUCCUCGAACCCAUCCACGCCGCGCCUCCGCUGCCGCACCACCGCCGCCACAGCUCCCACCACCCCAAAUUCUUCCCUCCCCAACAGCCCAAAACUCCAAUGCACCACCACCAGCACCAGCACCCCAAAGAAAAGCACCAGCUACAGCCCCAGGCUCUUCCACAAAUCCAACCCCUCCUCCCCGAAAUCGCCUUCCAGCUUCUCCCUCCUCAAAUCCACUCUCCGCCUGAGCAACAAAAGUAGAUGCGGAAUCUGUUUGCGGAGCGUGAAAAGUGGGCAGGGUACGGCCAUUUUCACCGCCGAGUGCUCCCACUCCUUUCACUUUCCCUGCGUCGCCGCCCACCUCAACAAGCAGCAGCUCAUGCUCUGCCCCGUAUGCAACACCACCUGGAAGGAGCUCCCGCUCCUCGACAUUGUAGCUCCCAUUAUUAAGCCCCCAACCGAUGACCACUCCAAGCUCAGAGACGUCAAGACCAAGGCGUUGAGGGUGUACAACGACGACGAGCCGCUCAUGUCGCCCACUUCGGUUGCGAGGUUCAAUCCGAUUCCGGAGUCCGACGAGGAAAACGAGGCCGUUGAGUUCCAAGGCUUCUUCGUCAAUCCUGAUGUAGCUGGUGUUAAUAACUCCGGGAUUCGGAAGAGUGUGGAGUUCAGUCUGUUGCCGGAAUCGGCGGUGGUGGCGGUUGGGAGGAGCUACGAGACUUACGCGGUGGUUCUGAAGGUCAAAGCUCCUCCGCAGGAAGUCAGAGCGACGUCACGUCGGGCGCCGAUUGACUUGGUGACGGUGGUGGACGUCAGCGCGGAUAACAGCCGCUCCAGAAUUCAGGCCACGAGACGCGCGCUGAGGUUGGUCGUUUCGUCACUCUCCGACGCCGAUCGUCUCUCCAUCGUGGCGUUCUCGUCCAUCUCCAAGAGGCUGCUGCCUUUGAGGAGGAUGACGCCGGCGGGCCGGAGGUCGGCGCGUCGGAUUGUCGACGCGCUCUGCGGCGUUGGGCAGGGGAUGUGUGUGAACGACGCGCUGAAGAAGGCGGCGAAGGUUUUACAAGACCGAAGGGAGAGGAACCCAGUCGCUAGCAUCAUGCUGUUAUCCGCCGUAGCCAAUUCCAGUCAGAGGCGCGCCUCCCCCGUCGUGUCCUCCACGCGCUUCCCUCAGCUCGACAUCCCAGUCCACACAGUCGGAAUAACCGGAACUACCGACAACGCGUUCGUCAAGUGCGUGGGGGGUUUGCUCAGUGUGGUGGUUAAAGACGUCAAGCUCCAGCUCAGUUUAGUAACCGGCUCAGCCAACGCCGAGAUCGCGGCGGUUUAUUCUCUCACGGGCCGGCCCACUGCCCUCGGCUCCGGUUCGAUCCGGCUCGGUGACCUAUACGCCGGAGAAGAGCGGGAACUUCUCGUCGAGUUGAAAGUCCCGGCCAAUUCCGCCGCGUCCCACAGCCAAAACGCGAUGAUGUCCGUACGGUCCACCUACAGAGACCCGUCAACAACCAACGAGCUCGUAUGUUCCAAAGAGCGGGCCCUCCUCGUACCGCGCUCGCAAGCUGUCCGAUCGUCCUCGUCAACCUCCAACCCCAACCCCAACAUCCAACGCCUCCGGAACCUCCACGUCACGGCCCGGGCCGUCGCCGAGUCACGCCGGUUCCUGGAGAGGAACGACUUCUCAGGCGCGUACCACUUGCUGACGUCAGCGCGGGCACUGCUGCUCCAGUCGAGCUCGGCCUCGGCGGAGGAGUUUCUUCGUGGUUUGGAGGCUGAGCUGGCGGAGCUCCACCGUGGGAGGCAGCAGCCGAGUGUAGUCCAGAGGCAGAGAGUAGGGAGCGGACACGUGGAGGCUGAGAAGCCUGAGCCGCUGACGCCGACAUCGGCUUGGCGCGCGGCCGAGAGAUUGGCUAAGGUGGCGAUAAUGAGGAAGUCAAUGAACAGAGUCAGCGAUUUACAUGGCUUCGAAAACGCUAGAUUUUAGCUUCUUAGAUUUUUUUAAUUUUUUUUUCCAAAAUAUGUAAUUGUACAACGAAAACAGAAAUAUAUUAUAUGAUAUUGGUGGGAAAGAAAAUAAUCAUUUUUAGCAGAGUGAAA